CAAAAGACUAUUGCGCACUACUGUCUAUGGUAUUUCCACACUAGCCAUGCCGGUGGAUACCAAGCGAGUGAGGGGUCCAGAUGAGUCUCAGUCUCCGUUACUUUUCGUCCUCCCGAGCACCGGGAAGCCUGAAUGUCCGCAGGAAGGCAGGGAGGACGGGAGGCAGCGGAGCCAGGCCGACGUGCGGCCGGUAUUUGCGCGAUGCGGACUGAUCAGCCAGGCAAAGGGGUCUGCCUACAUCGAGGCGGGGAACACGAAGCUGAUCUGCUCGGUGUACGGACCACGGGAGACCGACAGGAAGGACGAGGUGGACAUGAAGUCUGGCAGGCUGGUGUGUGACUUUCGCUUCGCCCCGUUUUCGUGCCCGAAGAGGGGCUCCUGGAUCCAGGGCAGCGAAGAGAAGGCUCUGUCUCUGGGGCUGCUGGAGAGCCUGCUGCCCGCAGCCUGUCUGCACAAGUACCCCCGCUCGCAGAUCGAGGUCAACGUGGUGGCGCUGGAGCACGACGGCUCGGUUCUGGCCCACGCCGUCACCUGCGCCUCCCUGGCGCUGGCGGACGCCGGGAUCGAGAUGUACGACCUGGUCCUGGGCUGCGCGCUGAGGCAGGACGGGCCCUCCUUCCUCAUCGACCCCACUUUCGCGGAGGAGAGCGGCGCCCAGUCCGCCGGGUCUGGAGAGAACCAGGGCAGGGUGACUGUGGCUCUGCUGCCCAGCCUCCACCAGGUGUCGGGGCUGCAGUCGGACGGGGAGAUGGCGGAGGACACGCUGGUGGGGGCUGUGAAAGCCUGCAUCGAGGGGUGCCAGCGCCUGUACCCCGUUAUCCAGCAGGCCUUGGCGAGGGCUGUGCGGAGGAAAGCGCCUCCGACAGCCGUCUGAGGGCGAGCUUGCUGGAGCUGCCGCACAGCGAGUGAACUUGAAGACGCGCUUCUGUUUCUGUCGGCGAAGCGUUUCUCAGAGACGAGAUAUUUAUUUUUGUCAUAUACAUCACGGACGAUUUGUGCUGUCUGAUUUUUCUAUUAAACGUUCCUGUGAGUCAGUU